UUGAACUGCCUUCACUUACAAUCUCCUUACAUAUAAUGCAGCCCAAGAGACUACUGACAGGGAAAUGGAAGGCAUUCCUGGUAGCAGUCCUUUUUAACAAAACAGGAGCGUCACAGCACGCAGGGCCCCGGCCUCGAAGAUGUAUGCCACGCCGCAGAUUUUCCAUAUCCUGCACCUUGUCCGGAUGCAGACUCAUUUAGUAAAUGCUACCCUAGUUUCAGGCGGAUGACGAAGCUCGUGCUCCUCUUUGACCCCUAACAUCCCGUCCAUAGUUCGUUUGAGAAUGCUGUUCUCGUGUUUCACUCUGGCGAAGACCCAGGCGCUCGGCGGAAAGCAGGACAAGGCGGCGAGGAAGCGGAGUACUUACCAGACUCGCUCGGCGGCCGGUCCGGAAGUCAGCGACUGGACAACUCCCCGACUUCUGGCGCUAACCUACCCGCUGCGCAUGGUCGCGAGCGGCGCCAUUGGACUACAGCUCCCAGCGUGCACUGCGAAAGGCCGGUCGCCGUCCCUCGCCAGCAUCGACAAACUCAGCAGCAAAUAGACGCGAGAGACUGCCCUCUGGGAGCCAAUCCCCCGGGAGAGGGGGCGGACCCCCAGUGCCGUAUUUCCUUGCGUCAUUCUCCCCUCAGCCAGUGGGAGUGUUCGCGACGAGCGGCCUCGGCUCCGCCCCCAGCCCUGGCUCCUGGUUUCCGGGUCCCAGGUCCCCAGAGAGGACGUUAUGAGUUUCCUCCAUUUCGAGACAGUUGAGGAAACUGCCAGAGGGUCAGACUCUCCCCACCGUCAGUCCCUGUGUUGUCCUCGGGAGCUUGGGGCCUGUGUGUGCCCCGCCCUCCCCCACAUCUUGCUGACGUUGAGAGAGACUUGUGCAGAGCCAUGAGCCCGAAGGCUUGAGCUGCUUCGGAGGAGAGAGCCAGUCUCCCGAGCCCCAAGAUGGCGGCUAAGAUGGAGAUAACUUUGAGCUCGCAGUCCCACAUUCAGGCUUCCUCCAAGCCAGAGAGACACAUAAUAACAAAACUGGAAGACAAACGGGGACCCACUCUGCAAAAAGACCGCCUCGAUCCUGAGCUCUCCCGCCAGAGCUUUCGACGGUUUUGUUAUCAAGAGGUGUCUGGACCCCAAGAGGCCCUCUCCCGGCUCCAGCAGCUCUGCCGUCAGUGGCUGCAGCCCGAGCUGCACACCAAGGAACAGAUUUUGGAGCUGCUCGUGCUGGAGCAGUUCCUGAACAUCCUGCCUCCGGAGAUCCAGGCCCGGGUCAGGCAUCGAUGUCCAGUGAGCAGCAAGGAGAUUGUGACCCUGGUGGAAGAUUUUCAAAGAGCUCCCAAGAGACCAAAGCAGUGGGUGGCCGUUUGUAUGCAGGGGCAGAAGGUGCUCUUGGAGAAGACUGGGUCUCAGCUUGGAGAACAGGAACUCCCAGACUUUCAACUGCAAACUCCUAGAAGCUGUCCCAGGGAGAACUCUUUGGAGGAGCCUUCCCAGGCGGAAUCUCAAGACCAGCUGAGCACUCAUCAUUGGGACAAAUCCCCACUCCUCCAGGAACCAAGCCCCAAAUUGGCCGGCCCAGAGGCCCCCAGAAUGAAAAGUGACAACAAGGAAAAUCCUCAGCCAGAGGGGGCUAAAGGAGGAAAGCCAUGUGCAGUUUCCCCUGGCAGAUCCAAAGGGAAUGGUCUGCAGAGUCCUGAGCCGAGAGGGGCGAGUAUGAGUGAACCCCGGUUGUCCCGGAGGCAGGUCAGCCCCCCAAAUGCUCAGAAGCUGUUCACUCACUAUCAGAGACAUUGCAGGGAACUGGAAUACAUCAGCAGCCCCCUGAAGAGCCACCCGCUGCGAGAGCUGAAGAAAAGCAAAGGAAGCAAAAGGAGCCUGAGCAGUCGUUUGCAACGUCUUGGUCACCAGCCGACCCGCUCAGCAAAGAAGGCUUACAAAUGUGAUGACUGUGGGAAAAGCUUCACGUGGAAUUCGGAGCUCAAAAGACACAAGCGUGUACACACAGGGGAGAGGCCCUACACGUGCGGAGAGUGUGGGAACUGCUUUGGGCGCCAGUCUACCCUGAAGCUGCACCAGAGGAUCCACACCGGGGAGAAGCCGUACCAGUGCAGCCAGUGUGGGAAAAGCUUUCGCCAGAGCUCAAACCUCCACCAGCACCACAGACUCCACCACGGGGACUGACAGCGGGGCUUCGCGCACUCGGUUCAGAAGGAAGGCGUCUGUGUUUCUCUUUCCCCUCACUUGCAUGUAAACCACAGACUGACUGUGUGACUUACAAGGAAAGCAAGAAGUCCCUGAGGAAUGCCGGUGCACGUUUGGCUCUGAGAAGUCCCAGAAGACACCAAGGGGGAUGUGACCCUGUUGGUGACCGAGUGAAGAGAUGGCGGCUCUGGGUGUUGAGUCAGAGAGAACCGGGGUUUCUGCUAGAGAGCAGGGAGUAACGGCCAAGAUAAUCCGGCCGAUCCUGCGGGGUCUCCUGCCCCUUUAUUUAUCCUCUAAACAUGUCCAAGGGUAAAUUACGUAUAUAUUUAAUGUACUUGCUGUCAUACCAGACACUCUGGAUCAUAUACACGCUUCUUUAAUAAAGAUCAGUGAGCCACUAGAAUUCCAAUUUCAUUGGAAUAUAAAUCCCCUAAUAUUCUUACUCUAGUUUCUGGCUGGUCAUAACAAAGGACACAUGAAGUGAGAGUUUGAACAUGUUUGUAUGAGGAGAGGAUUUCCAAGUAAAUAGUGCUUUUACACACACACACACACACACACACACAUAUGCAGUUCACACAUG